GCCGACAGUCGGCCUGGUUCCUCUCUCCGGAGCGGUUGCAAGGGCAUGGAUCAUCGAUUAGCUCUGUUCCACUUAGUGCUCCUUUUCUUAGUCACUUGUCAGGUGUCACCAUCCCCAAAAAAUCAACAACUCGAAGAUUAUCGUAAUUCAGCUGACAAAUGGUUAUCAAAAGUUAACCAAAAGCUCGAUAAAGCGGCAAAUAGGCAUGCGACUUUAUCGUGGCAAAUUCACACCAACAGAACGACAUUAGCCGUUAAAGAAUUGAGUAGAGAAGAGCGAUCCCGAUCGAAAUUCAAUGCCGAAUUAUGUGAGGAACGGAAGAGAUGGGCUGUAGGACUAUUAAGUCGAAGACAACAGAGAAUGAUGGCUCGAUUGUGCCAUGGAACACGAUUAAAUGAAGAACAAACUAAAAUGUUGGUAGAAACUUCGUCACGAUUGCAAGCAAUCUAUUCCGAAGCAGUCGUCAACGUGGCCGGUCAAAAUUACACUGGCGAAAGUGAGAUUAAAGACGUCAUGACCAAAACCCGAGAUUAUUCAUCUUUACUUGAAGCUUGGUCCGGUUGGCGAAAUGCUGUUGGACCGCCAUCUAAGCAAUUAUUUAGUCGCAUGAUUGAAAUCAACAACUUUGGGGUCCAAUCAGCAGGUUUUAACGAUACAAGUGAAAUAUGGAAGAAUGAACUGGGAAUCAGUAACUUGGAAAACAUUGUGGAUGAUCUAUAUGCAACAAUUCAACCUUUAUACGUUCAGCUGCAUGCAUUUGUUAGAGGUCGCUUGGCUGCCAUCGACAAAACAGGAGUGGUUCAUUCAGAUCGUCCUUUGUCCGCUCAUGUUUUAGGUAUCAGUUGCUGA